GAUCUCUCUGACAUCGCCUCCUUCGACAAACGUAAGCGGGUGAUGUCUAAAGGCUCUCUUCAGACAGCCUCUGAUCAAGCCUCUCAAAACACCUGUCCUGAGGAGAGAGAUAGAAGUAGAAGAAGAGAGAUACACUAAAGAGAGAGAGAGAGAGAUCAUGAUAGACCUAAGCCACCUCACAGACGAGGAGCAGGAGGCCAUUCUGACAGUGCUGAAGAGGGAUGAAGACCUCAAAAAGGCUGAGGAGGACAGAAUCAGAACCCUGCAAAAGAAAGUUUCCCCCAUGCAGAGCAAGCUGAAGUACCUGACAGGAGAGUGGUUUUAUGAGGCUAAGUCUCAACGACACAACGACAAGAUCCAUGGCUCUGAGAUCAUUCUGGCUUCCAUGAAGCAGAAGAGAGCAGACACCUUAGAGGGUUCUCUGUCCCGGUCCAGAGCUGUGAGUGGAAGAGGCUCAGACAUAGUCGCUCCACCCAAACCUGCCAGACUCCUGGAGACCCCAAUACAGCCUCAGCAGACCAGGGAGAGUUCCAGUGUUGCUGACACAGAGAGAGCAAGAAUUGAUGUAAACGUACGCUCCCCAGGAAUGCCAAGGCACAACCCAUUCAAUCGUGCCUCUAUUGUUCUUGAGGUGUCUGAAAAGACAGAAACACAGUUGGCCAAUGGAAACCAAGAACCCGUGAAACCAACAGAAGCAGCACCUGUUUCUCCACUGAAGACGUCCUGCCUGUCCAGCCAGACCUCCACGGGCUCUGUCACCUCCGAGGGCUCCUCUGUGGGCUUCAGACCUGUCCCCAAGAAGAGAACAUUUCUGUCUAGGCGUCCCAGCGCUCUCUCAGACAGCGACAUCUCCCUCUCCGGUCCUGCUCCUCAAAGAGGGUCAGGGGUCAUGACCUCCCAGGGAAGUCUCCAGCAUGGCUCCACUUGCAGCUCCAGUCUGGGAGGAGGAACUAUACCAUCCAUCUCAGAGUCACAAAACAAUCCCUACAGCCACACAGGGAACUCUCUAGUUCUGGUAUCCUACAAGCAACUGACAGAUGCGGCUCUGGUCUCUGUAGAACCCAGCCUGGAGCGAGCAGCGAAGCCUCAGUCAAACACCUAUCAGAGGGUGGUGGAGACUUCCCAAGGUGACUCCUUCAGAAUGUCCCAAGGAAGGUCCCCAUCUCCUGCCUUUAGAAGUGAAAAUGUGUUACUUUCCCUGACUGGCCCACAAACCCCCACAAACCUCCAACCAGCCUUGCUUCCUGAUAGUGACAGAAACACUGAGAGAUUCAUCUCAAGAGGUCAGAUGACUGACGGCAGAGAUGGCCUUACCCAGAGAGAGUAUGUUGUGGGCCACCUCAGCGGCAUGGAGACAUCUGUUUUAUCAGAGCACCAAUCCUCAUUGCUCUCCGACGUCACAAAGCCGGCCCCCAUUACCAUUCCUCAGCCGUCUGGCCAGCAGAACUCGACCUAUAAACCUGCUGCUGUUGAGGCUGAGAAGACAGCGGUGGAGGAGGAGACACACGCUCGCAAUGCAGGAACACACGUGGACCUCAAUCAACCAUAUAAUCUCCAUGUCUCAGAUGAUAAACCGAAGAAACAAUCCCCUAAGAAGCCCAGUUGUAAAACUGCCUUCAAGUCGGCUCCACGUAGCCCCAAGAACACUGGGGAGGAGGGCAAAGCCAUCGCCAAGGUUUUGGACUGGUUCAGCCGCAGCACGGACAGCAAUGAUUGGCUAGAGACAGAAAGUGGUCAGCCAGAAGUUCUCAGCAUUGACCGGGAGGAAAACAUGACCAUCGAAGACUUGAUAGAGCCGGUCAGAAAUUAUAGUGAGAACAUCAGUGAGACCAAAUAUCAACUCAGAGAGAAAACAUCUCCCAGGAUGAUGAGAGACCACCAGCAGGAGUACACUGGCAUACAUGAACCGUUUAUGGGUCAAAGUGUGUAUUCAAGACCUGAUAAGACUUCAGAGGAUGGACUGAAGUCUAAACCCACUGAGGUCCACUCUCCUGUCAACAUGAACAGAACAUACCAGUUCAAGAGGAGAAUAUCCGAGACUGAGACAGCAGGUAGGAGAGAGAGAAAGGACAUGUCAGAGAAAGAAGAAGAAGAAUUGGGGAAGGUCACACAACAGGUCAAACCACAGGUAACACAAGAGAAGGAGGAAGUUCAAGAUGAGAACCAAUCUGCAAACAUAUCCAACCUCAAGUCCUUCUGGGAGAAGGGCAACGUUGGGCCAAAGAUUCUCAUCAGUAGAUCCAACACAGGAGUUGAAAUAAGACCAAGACCUGGGAACCAGGAGACGGAGAAGAAGAAUGACAAAGAAGAGAAGGCCGUGUUAGAUAAGGUUGUGGUGCCCCCCGAAGAGAAUGCCCCACACCUCAGGAGCGGAAAAGAAAUCAAAAAGACAACCCAGGAUAUGAAACACAAAGUCCCCCCCCCUACAGUAGGGAUACAAAUGUCACCAUCUCCUAGAGAUUACCACCCAAGUGCUGGAGCUCAAAACAGAGGGGACCGCCAUUUGACAUCACCAACAAAUCCACUGGUCUGGGACAGAAGAGGUUCUGAAACAGAAAUCCUCUCUCUGAAUAGACUCAGCUUUCAGCCUGAGCUCCAGGCCAGGCCCCCACCAGAGCUUCAGGCAGACCCACUCCCACAGUCUAGAGCCAGCCCUCAGCCUGGGAAUCUGUCGCCAGCGGCUCAGGUUCUGUCCAGCCCUCAGCCUGAAACCCUCCAGGUCAGAGACAUCCCAGAAGGUGAUCAGCCCACACAUAGCUCACACAUGGAGUAUCAUUCUGGUGGAAUAGGGAGAGAGCAGGUCAGCCCCCAAACUAAAACAAAGAGCAGUGCUGGUGGAAACUUCAAGGAAAAGGAGAAGGAAGAGAGAGAUGUCCAGUCCCCUAGAAAACAAGAUGAUCUCACCUUUACUGACCGAGGUAACAUCCUACACACCCCAAAGCAACCUCCUCCUCGAAACGAGAGUACAGCAGAGAAAGUAAGACAGCUCAAGUCAUUCUGGGAGAAAGAAAAAACGAGGCCAGUGAUUGGUAAAUCUAAAGAGCUAGGGGAUGUCAGGCUAUAUAAAGCUCCAUCAAAGCUGAAUAAAAGAUUCACCAAAUCUGAAUAUGAUCUGCUGUCAAUUGGGAAUGGAUCAGAGAGUGACAAUGAAGGAGAUUCUGUCCUCUCGUCUGACAGAAUUAAUUUUACCGUUCUCACAAUGAAUCAGAGACUAGACAAAUUUUCCCCAAGCCUUGGAGGGAAUCGUUCACAGUUUAAGAAUCUUCGAGAUUUCUGGGGUGAGGCCAUCUCGAAUCGCAAAGGACCAAGUGCUUUUGAUAAGCCCAGAAGCCUGAAAAAGAACGAGACAGCUGAUUCUCUGCAUCCAAUGCUGGAGUUAAAACAAUGUGUUGAUCCUGAAUUCUAUAGCACAACCAGCCCUACUCACACAGAGAAGGCCAGACCACCUGUAGAUGAAAGCUGGCACUCAAAAUCAUCUCCAUCUCCACCUCCAUCUCUAGCCAGGGGAAAUAAAGAGCGAGAGCAUCAGUUAAGGUCACCCACUGACAGACAGAUUGGGUUGGGUACAGGAGCUUUGAUUGACAGUCAAUCUAACCUGUCGAGUCCCAUCACACUAUUUUCAGAGCAGCAAAAAUGCCCUUGGCCACAGCAGGGCAGAAGGGGCUCAGAUCAGAAGUCUUCCAGAGAAGAAAAGCCCCCUAGACCACAAGGCACCCUGGCAAAAGAGUCUCAUUCUCCAAAGACAAGGAAAGACAGUUUUGGAAACUCAAGUGGACGGUCCACGAUGCGACGUGCGAGGAGUAUGUUCUCCCUGGACGUGGAUGAUCAGCAAGACAAGCUAGACAAACCUUAUCCAGGACAGGUUAGAAAGACAAGAGAGGUCAGCCCUGUACAGGGGAAGACAACACAAGCUAGGAGACAGAGUGCAGAUAAAGAGGCAGGUCCCAGGAGGUCUUCACGUUCCUCUGAGGAGUCUGAAUCUCUGGCUCUGCGUGCUAGAUCUUUCGUUCCCAGAGACUAUCGCCACUACCUGGGCAUCUCAGAGAAGAGCAGCGCCCACUCUUCUAUGGUCCCAGCACUGAAGGACUUUGACAGCAGGGCCGGAGUUGACCUGGACCUGAGUGGACCGGUCCAGUCCAGCACCCCUACUGGCUCAGAGGAGAGCUAUGGAAGGAGAGGCAGUAAAACUGCACAGCGCCCCCCGUGGUCAAACCAAGGCAGCACAGACACUGGCCGAGAGUCAUCUUUGAGCAGCACAUCCGAAACAUGGUCCAACUCAAGAAGCAGUUCUAAACGAGAGAAUGGUGAGGAAGACCAGAACCCAGUGAAGAGGGCGUUGAGGCGAGCAGAGGCACGUCCAAAGAACCUUGCUAAAAGUCUAGAGGACAUCACAGCGUCCUUGCCACAACGGCAGGAAAGAAGACAAGGCCCUUUUGCUGACCCGAGGCGUGGAAGUGAUGCUUCAUCCUUCGCCUCACCCUCCUCUUCCACCUUCUCUGAUCCUGAACAUCUGAAGAAAUUAAGCAAAUCUGUUCCCUCAUUCCUUCAGAAGGAGAACGAUGGGAGAGACACUGACUCCACCUCUGAGAAUAGUUACCAUGGAAGCAGGCAGAUGACGGGCAGAUCUAUGACUAACCUCAGCACCUCCUCUGGCAUGGCAUCUGUGUCCUCUAUGAGUGGCAGUGUAAUGACCAUGUACAGUGGGGACUUUGAGAAUGUGGAAGUCCAGGGAAACAUCCAGUUUUCCAUCAACUAUGUGCAGAAGCUCAGGGAGUUCCACAUCUUUGUGGCUCAGUGUCAAGACCUGGCCGCUGUGGAUCCAAAGAGAGGCCGCUCGGACCCGUAUGUUAAAAGUUAUUUGGUGCCUGACAAAGCCAAUUUAGGGAAGAGGAAAACAUCUGUGAAAAAGAAGACACAGAAUCCGACUUUUAAUGAGAUUCUGAGAUAUCGAGUUCGUUUGGAGAAUCUGAGAACCCAGACGCUCAUUCUCUCUGUCUGGCACCAUGACACAUUUGGGAGGAACAGUUUCCUGGGUGAGGUGGAUGUGGACUUGUCCAAAUGGGACUUUGACCACACCCAGAUGAACUACUUAGCACUGAAAGCCAGGCCCACCACCUGUCUAAAGCAGUCAGAUGACAGAGGAGAAAUGAGACUGGCCAUUCGCUUUUUGCCCCAGAUUGCCCACAGCGUAGCCAAAGAGGGCCCCAUAACAGGUGAAGUUCAUAUUUGGGUAAAAGACUGCAAGAACCUUCCUCUCAUCAGGGGAGCCUCCAUUGACCCCUAUGUAAAAUGUUUCGUGCUGCCAGACACGAGCAGAAAAAGCCGUCAAAAGACCCGCGUCCUCAGGAGGACGGUGGAGCCGGUGUUCAACCACACCAUGGUGUACGACGGCUUCAGGCAGGAGGACCUGAAAGAGGCCUGCGUGGAGCUGACGGUCUGGGACAGAGACAGGCUGGCCAGCAACCUCCUUGGAGGCCUGAGGCUAGGGCCCGGCACAGGCAGAAGUUAUGGGGCUGUGGUAGACUGGAUGGACUCUACUCCCAGUGAGGUGGCUUUGUGGGAGAGGAUGAUGGAGUCUCCUAAUGAAUGGGUGGAAGGCGUGCUAGCCCUGAGGAUGCUUACAACAGCAAAAACUGCCCUAAAAUGAUCAAUGUGCAAGAUGGUCUAACAGCCACCACCACCGUGUUUAUAAUGUUAGCUGAUAUAAUACCUACCACAUGUAAUAUGCAAACAUUUAGAUAUUAAGCACUUAUCAUGACAUUCAUUUAUUCAUUCAUUCAUUUAUAACAUUCCACUUGAAUAAAAUGUUUUCCUUUAA